UUCUCUAUAACUUAUUUCAAUAAUAUAGUUGCAAUGGCAGCAGCAGCUUCACGUACAAACGCUACACGUCUUUUAAGCUUAAUUCAAUCUGGGGCUAGCAGUUGUCCUUGUCACUCUCACGCACACUCCCAUAAUGCUAAUCUGGGUGCCUUUUCCAGUUUGUUAAAAUAUGGUCGUAACUAUGCCAGUGCCAAAGAAACUACAGACUAUGCCUUUGAAAUGGCUGCUAGUAAUAUUCGUUUUGGUCCUGGUGUUACUAGUGAAAUCGGUAUGGAUUUAAAUAACAUUAAAGCAAAGAAAGUUGCUGUUUAUACUGAUAGCAAUAUUGCCAAGCUUCAUCCAGUUAAAGCAGUUAUUGAAUCACUAGAAAGACAUAAGGUCAAUUAUGUUCUUUAUGAUACAUGUCGUGUAGAGCCUACAGAUGGAAGUUUUAAAUCUGCUAUUGAUUUUGCACGUAAGCAUAAUCCUGAUGCAUUUGUUGCUGUUGGUGGUGGUUCUGUUAUUGAUACUACGAAGGCUGCAAGUCUUUACAGCGCUCAUCCAGAAGCUGACUUUUUAGAUUUCGUCAAUGCUCCUAUUGGUAAAGGCUUACCUAUCAGAAAGAAGUUAAAUCCUUUAAUUGCUGUUCCUACUACUGCUGGUACUGGUUCAGAAACAACUGGUACUGCCAUUUUUGAUUAUGAGCCCCUUCACACAAAAACUGGUAUUGCUCAUCGUGCACUCAAGCCUUUACUUGGUAUUGUUGACCCUUUAAAUACUCGUAGUAUGCCUUCUCAAGUUCAUUUGGCUAGUGGUUUAGAUGUUUUAUGUCAUGCUCUCGAAUCCUAUACUGCCUUGCCAUAUAACCAACGUUCUCCUCGUCCUAAAGAUCCUAUUGAGAGACCUGCUUAUCAAGGUUCUAACCCUAUUAGUGAUGUUUGGUCUCUUCAUGCUUUGAAGAUGGUUGUUGAUUAUUUACCCCGAGCCGUUAAGGACCCUGAGGAUCAUGAAGCACAAGGCCAGAUGCUUUUAGCUGCUACUUUUGCUGGUAUUGGUUUUGGUAAUGCUGGUGUACAUCUUUGUCAUGGUUUGAGUUAUCCUAUUAGUGGUUUGAACAAGAACUAUAAGCAUCCUGGCUAUAAUGUCGAUCAUGCUAUUGUUCCUCAUGGUGUCUCUGUUGCUUUAACUGCACCAUCCGUUUUCCGCUUUACAUCUGCUGCAUGCCCCGAUCGUCAUAUUGAUGCUGCUACCGCCUUUGGUGCCGAUCCUACUCAAAUUAAGGAAGCUAUGGCUGGUGAGGUUCUUGCCGAAAGAUUAACUCGAUUCCUUGAAGAUUUAGGAGUUCCAAAUGGUUUGAGUGCACUUGGCUAUGAUUCAUCUUAUAUUCCUGCUUUGGUUGAAGGUGCUUUACCUCAGCAUCGUGUUACUAAACUUGCCCCCACUCGUGAGCCAGCUCGUGAACAACUUGCUUCUAUCUUUGAGAAUUCGAUGAAGAAUUAUUAAGGAGGGAACAGUCAAGAAUAAUAAUAUAUUUGUAUCAUGUAUUUCGCUGUUUACUUUUCCCCCCUUUACUUUAUUUGUUAUGAGAUUUUAUAAAUAUUAUACAACAAAAAUUUGAUAAAAUAAAAAUACAUUUACAUAAUAA